GGAGCUUGGCCUCUACACAUCCAUAUGGUGCAGGUUUAGACUUGCUGCGGAGCUUCACUAUGAGAUGCUGCACAUAUGAACACUAUAAACCCCCCCUAACAGCUGACAAGUGCCUACAGCUCCAGUCCAGCACAGCCAGACAUGAGGCUAUGUGUCCGGAGAACAACUGGAACCGUCAUCAAGAUGUGACCAUCUCCCUUCGUUGGGGGCAUCUGCCAUUGCUGGGACAUCUCCUAAAAGGAAGAAUGACUGGGCAUCUCCAAUGGCUGCAGAGCUCUUCCCUGGCUCUCCUCCUCAUUCUGAUCCUCGUGUCCUGGAAACCCUGUAAAGCAGAAGAUCUACACUCAUGGUCAAACAGCAGUUUUGAUGACUCCUCCUCACUAAGACUCCUGGAUUACAAUGUGGUGAAAAGGUCCACAUGGGAGACUGCUGGUGGCCUCCAGGCUCUAGGCGACAAUCUAAAGACUGAUGGAGGCCACCAUUUGAAUAUGCAAUGGAAGGGAAAGACCUGGCCCUGUGCUGUCCUCCUCAAACUGUCUCGACAUGUUUUAGUAUCGGCUUUAGGGCCCAACCUGGCUUGGAGUAUUUUUCCAUAUGACAGCUGUGACCAGAAUCUAAAGCCCUCAGAGACCCUCAUUAGCCCCCUGAAACUAUUACAUGUCAAUGUGAAACCACUGCUGCUACACAGAGUGCUGAAAUUCCUGGGAGAUCUGGGAUUUCUAAUUGAGUCCCAACAAAACAAAGCUUUCUCUUUGUUGAAGAAACGAAUAUACAAAACUGGAAAACCUGUGAAGAAUCCUAACAUACAGUCAACAGACAGAUGUCCUGAUAAGAAGCCAUAUCUCAUCCCCUGGCACCCCGGGCACGAUGGAAGGAGGUCAGCUGUUAUAGGACAUGGGGUGGCCCUCAGGCUGGAGUCUUCAGCCACUUUCCACUCUUUGCUCAUUCAGGAUGGAGGUACUUUAGUCUUUGCAGAUGACCAGAUACCAAUUACAUUAAGAACUCAAUAUAUCCUAAUUAGAAAUGGUGGCUCACUCCAUAUUGGUUCCCCUCAAUGUCCCUAUACCUCCGACGCCACCAUUUCUCUUUAUGGAAAAUCUACUGAUGGGGAUGAUGUGGAAGAGUUUGGAAAGAAGUUCAUAGGAGUGGAUAGAGGUGGGAUAUUGGAACUGCAUGGAAGAAGACCCCUAUCUUGGACAUUGUUAGAUGCGACCCUGUAUCCUGGAGGGCUCCCCUAUGGAUCCUAUAAGUGGGAGAAGCAAUGGGGCAGCCGGGGCAUCAAUAUCAGGAUCAUUGACCCAGAAACUGGGCAGGUUCAGGCUGCUGAUCGGUUUGACACACACAUGUUUCUGGAGGAGGGGAAGAGGCUGGAGGAAUUCCUGGCCAAGCAGAGUCCAGGCAAGGUGGUGGCUGCAGCAGUGGGAGACUCGGCGGCAAAGAGCUUAACUCCAGAUGUGAGAAGAUACUUGAGAGAAACGUUAAACAGUAAAUACAUCUAUCAUCUAGGUUACAGGCAACCUUGGGCUUUGGUCGGUGUGCUUGGAGAAGGUCCACUCAAAGUAUCUGAGGAUAAGAAACAUUAUGAAAACAAUGGAACAACUGACCUGGCCGUUGCAACAAGAGAAUUUCAAACAUAUGGAGGACUUCAUUUCACUGUUACCGCCUACAGCGGGUGGAGUACAGGCGUUCCGAGGAAUGGAUUCAGAGUGGCGGUGUCCAGGGGCAUCAUUCUUACAUUAGCGGAUGACGUUACAACCUGGUUGCCUGGUAACAGAAUAGUCGUUUCAAGUACUGAUUACUCCAUGUACCAAGCUGAAGAAUUCAAUCUGCUUCUUUGCCCUGAAUGUAAAAGCAACCAGGUCAAAAUUGACAAAAACCCCCUUUAUAUGCACGUGGGUGAGGUGCUUGAUGGGAUUGAUAUGAGAGCGGAGGUUGGACUUCUGACCAGAAAUAUCCUCAUCAGAGGGGAAAUGGAAGAUGCCUGCUAUGAGCCCAAUCACUGCCAGUUUUUCAGUUAUGAUACGUUUGGCGGUCAAAUUAAGAUCCAGAAACAUUUUGGUUCCGUGCACCUCUCGGGGUUAGAGAUCACAAAGAUGGGACAGCAGCUUUUGGGCAGUUAUCCUGUACAUUUCCAUAUGACUGGAGCAGUGGAUGAAGAAGGCGGGUACAGUCCCCCAACUUACAUUGACAACCUUGCCAUCCAUCAUUGUUUUUCCAGAUGUGUCGCUGUUCAUGGAACUCAUGGUCUGCUGGUAAAGGAUACUAUUGGUUAUGACACACUUGGCCACUGCUUUUUCCUGGAAGAUGGUGUGGAGCAAAGAAACACCUUUUAUCACAACCUUGGCCUGGUGACCAAGGCUGGGACCAUUCUGCCUACAGAUCGCAAUGAAGCCAUGUGCUUAGCAAUGCGAGACCAUGUGUAUGGGGAUUAUGUGCCUGUGCCCAGCACUGAUUGCAUGGCAGUCAGCACAUUCUGGAUUUCAAACCCUAAUAACAACCUAAUAGGGAAUGCUGCAGGAGGAGCACAGGAUGUUGGCAUCUGGUUCAUUUUUCAUAGAGUGCCAUCGGGUCUUUCAGAGGGGCAUUACCCGGAGGGACAAUCAGAAUUCACCCCCUUGGGGAUUUUUCACAACAACCGAGUACACUCUAAUUUCAAGGCUGGUUUAUUUAUUGGAAAAGGUGUCAAAGCAACAGAAGCGAAUGCAGAAAACCCACGAGAGUAUCUAACGGUGGACAAUGCACGAUUCCGUCCUCACCAGGAUUCUGAUUCAACUAAACCUCGAGUACCGGCCCUUAUUGAUGGGCUCAUAGCCUUCAAGAACAAUGACCACGGUGCAUGGGCCAGGGGUGGGGAUAUCAUCUUUCGAAACUCAGGGUUUUCAGACAAUGGAAUAGGUCUUACGUUAGCCAGUGAUGGAACAUUUCCAACUGAUGAAGGAUCCAGCCUGGAGGUCUCUGAUUCCAUCUUUGUGGGGGAGAGCGAAAAUGUGGGCUCACAGGGUGGGCAGAACAGCUACUGGGGACGUGGAGGCUCAGGGGAGCAGAGGUCACUGCCACGAAACAAGACUUUUCCGAUUCGUGGAUUUCAAAUAUAUGAUGGGCCAGUCAGGCUCCUCAGGUGCACAUUCAAGAAAUUUCUCCCUACGGCCGAAAGACCAUCAAGUGCAAUUGGGUUUUCACUGAAGAACUCUUGGCAGAUCACACCUCAAAACAAUGUGUCCCUCGUCAAGAUGGAGAGAAGUGUUGAACUGAAAGUAUUUUUUGGUCGCUCUGGGCAGUGGUUUGGAUCCAAUGACUAUGAUGGUGAUAAAGUCUCAAUUUUCCAUGACCUGGAUGGUUCACUGACGGGUUACGCUGAUACAUUUGUCGGUCGAGCAGACAAUUACCUCCUACGUCAUCCAGGGUGCCUUACUGUGCCACGGUGGAAUGGAGUGAUGUGUAAAAGCCGCUAUGCACAGCUGUAUAUCCAGGCCAAGCGCCCAGAGAACCUCGCUAUUCUGGUGGCCAGAGCAGAUUAUCCUUCUCAUCCACUGAGGCUGGUGGGGGUGAAUAAAGGGGCACCAUACCAGCAGUAUCAGCCAGUGGUGAUGUUACAGCAGCCCUACGCUAUCCGCUGGGAAGGUCAAUCUCCAAAGGAGGUCAUCCUAUACCCGAUUAACUUCAACAGGGGAGACUGGCUACAGAUUGCUCUGUGUUACCCCAGAACCUCAGUAUUUCAAGUGACAGCAGAUAUUUAUGAACGCAAUUCUGGAAGAGUGCACAGCGUCCGCCACUAUUCCAUGACCUCCUCUAUUCAUCAGGCUCUGAACACGUCAGGGCUUAGACUGUAUCACUUUAGUAAGGAUUCUGGAUACCUCUUCCUUCAUCUGCAAGCCUAUGAGUCCAGGAAUGGGUACAGUUACUGUUCCCAGCAUGGCUGUGAACGGAUAAAGAUCACAGCUCACUUCCACCCAGGUGAUCCCAGUGAAUGCAUACUGAAACCAUUCCCCGGGGGAGCCAGCGAUAUUCACCAUGCCAAGCUAUCACUUUCUCAGAGACUUCCCCUUCCGUGUAGUCAGUGUGGGGCUCCGCAGGUUGCAGUAUCUAGCACUCCAUCCAUUAAAUAUACUAAGAUACAUAUUCAGUCCCUCCGCAGAGAAGAUCUAUUCAGUAAGAUGAAGUCUGCAUUCAUUAAGGUUGACGAGGAAAUAUUCUUGUUUAAGAGGGGAGGACUCUUCUUCCUGGUGCUGGAUGCCUGUUCAGGGACAGUUGUGAGCAAGAGGCAUUUUGAAAUCAUUAAUGAGCUAAGCACAACUAAAGCAAUGUCCAUCUACAUUCAAACCUCCAUGAAACAAAGGUCUGUAGUGCUUAUUUGCUCAAGAGACAUUGUGGACAUGCCUUCCCUUUCUGAAAUGACCGCUUUCAUCAAACUUGGUUCAGCAAAGCCAAUAGCCCUGCACACGAAAGGUAGUUUUGCCAUGGUGGGAUAUAAAGGACUGACCAUGCCAUCUUGGAUUAAAAUUAUUAACAACAGUGCAGAGAGAAGGGCUGCAUCAAUACACCUUUACCUGCCCCUGAUGCUGACUGAAUACAGAUGCCCCAAUACUGUAGGACUAAAGAAAUAAACCCAUAUGGUGCCUUAUUACUUCACAGCCAGAGACUGUCUAGCAUCGCCUUAUUUAUCUGCUGAGCCAAUGAAAAUGUGAUGGUCCAUAGACAAGACUUAAUUCUUUUGAUAUUGUCCUAUGGGUGUAUAUUGUUGAGUUAAUAAAUGUGUUUCUUUUUGUGUAAGUUAAAUGCGUCUGAUAUUGGUGAACAUGAUUUGUCCAGAGCCAAGUGUGAGACCUGCACCUGCUAUGUAACUGAGCCACUAUCACUGGGUAACUUACAUCAUAGUAAAUAUCUGAUACUUUAAGAUAGUUAUGUGCACAU